AAAUCUCUAUUCUCUGUCCAGAGCUUUCUCUCUCUAAUCUCUCUCCUCCUCCGUCUUCCCCAGACGACCUUCUCUCCCUUUUGCCCUCAGAAAUUCCCAAAAUUUGCAGAUGCAUAGUAACAUACACAAAUAGUUUUAUACACAGGGUAUUUUAAUUGACCGAAAGAUCUUUCUUUACUAAUUUUUUCCCCUAAUUUUUUGUGCCACUCUAGGAGAAAAAUAUGGCUUUGAGGCGUCUUCUCGGUGAGGUCAAAAGGCAGGAAUCACAGUUGAAGCAGUUAAGCUAUCUGGCUGCUCAAUCUUAUCGAGUUUCACCAUAUGCUAGAGGAGCUGCCCACAGGCUUCCAAGUGCUGUUGGAACAAAACCCCUCGGAGGAUCAAGAUAUUUUGGUGGUCUAUCUCGUAGAUUGCGCGAUAGUGACCGAACGAGCGAUGCUGCAUAUCUUAAGGAGCUCUAUUACCGGAAUGAUCCGGAAGCAGUGAUAAGAUUGUUCGAAAGUCAACCUUCACUACAUUCCAACCCAUCAGCUCUUGCUGAAUAUGUCAAGGCUUUGGUUAAGGUUGAUCGCCUCGAUGAAAGUGAGCUGCUCAAGACAUUGCACAAAGGAAUGUCUGGAGCUGGUAGCUCACAUGCGGAGGAAGAAAGUAUCGGAGCAUUUGCAGCUAUUAGAAAUGUCGGAAAAUCUUCGAAAGAUGGAGUUCUUGGUACUGCAAGUGCUCCUAUACACAUGGUGUCUGCCGAAGGGGGGAAUUUCAAGGAGCAGUUAUGGCGCACGGUUCGUGCUUUGGGUUUGGCCUUCCUCUUAAUUUCAGGUGUUGGGGCAUUGAUCGAGGAUAGAGGAAUUGGUAAAGCAGGGCUUGGUUUACAUGAAGAAGUGCAACCGAGUAUGGAAUCUAAUACGAAAUUUAGUGAUGUGAAGGGAGUUGACGAGGCGAAGUCUGAGCUGGAGGAAAUUGUUCACUACCUUCGUGAUCCUAAGCGAUUUACUCGCCUAGGUGGCAAGCUUCCAAAAGGCGUUCUUCUAGUCGGUCCACCUGGCACUGGAAAAACUAUGUUAGCAAGAGCCAUAGCUGGAGAGGCAGGUGUACCUUUCUUCUCAUGCAGCGGCAGUGAAUUCGAAGAAAUGUUUGUCGGUGUUGGAGCACGUAGAGUGAGAGAUCUCUUUGCUGCAGCUAAAAAGAGGUCACCCUGUAUAAUAUUUAUAGACGAGAUUGAUGCCAUAGGAGGAAGCCGUAAUCCUAAAGAUCAGCAGUAUAUGAAGAUGACUUUAAAUCAGUUGCUUGUGGAACUCGAUGGAUUUAAACAGAACGAGGGUAUUAUCGUAAUUGCAGCAACUAAUUUUCCCGAGUCGCUUGAUAAGGCGCUCGUGAGACCUGGAAGGUUCGAUCGGCAUAUUGUUGUUCCGAAUCCCGAUGUUGAAGGGAGGAGGCAGAUAUUGGAAGUUCACAUGUCGAAGGUUCUCAAAGCAGAGGACGUGGAUCUCUCAAUCAUCGCUCGAGGAACACCUGGCUUCUCCGGCGCUGACCUGGCAAACCUAGUCAACGUUGCCGCCCUCAAAGCCGCAAUGGACGGCUCCAAAUCAGUCAAUAUGGAAGACCUCGAGCACGCAAAGGACAAAAUAAUGAUGGGCAGCGAGCGCAAGUCCGCCGUAAUCUCCCCCGAGUCCCGCAAGCUCACCGCCUACCACGAGGGCGGCCAUGCCCUCGUGGCAAUACACACCGACGGCGCCCUUCCCGUUCACAAGGCCACCAUUGUGCCGCGUGGCAUGGCCCUAGGUAUGGUCUCCCAAUUACCAGAUAAAGACGAAACGAGUAUAUCUCGUAAACAAAUGCUCGCCCGUUUGAAUGUUUGUAUGGGCGGGCGGGUCGCCGAAGAGUUGAUCUUCGGUGAACCGGAAGUGACUUCUGGAGCGUCGAACGACCUCCAGCAAGCCACUAGCCUUGCUCGAGCGAUGGUCACUAAAUAUGGUAUGAGUAAAAAUGUGGGUGUGGUGGCCCACAACUACGAUGACAAUGGUAAGAGCAUGAGCACGGAGACUCGUUUGCUUAUUGAGCAAGAAGUGAGGGAGUUGUUGGAGACUGCGUAUAAUAAUGCAAAGACGAUUCUGACGGUGCACAAUAAGGAGCUUCAUGCGCUCGCGAAUGCUUUGCUCGAGAAGGAGACUCUCACGGGGAGUCAGAUUAAGGCCCUUCUUGCGCAGAGGGAAACACAGCAGCCUGAGAAGCAACAGAUUAUUGCCCACCCCCCGCCGCCGAAUGCUGCUGCUGCUGCUGCCGUGGCUGCUGCAACGGCCGUGGCGAAGGGGAAGGGGGUGGCUGCCCCCGUUGGAUCUUGAUGGGCGGUUUUUGUGAUGUGUAUAAGGUAAGUUUGUUUUACAUGCAGAAGAAGCCUGUUUUAAGAUUAUAUACUUUGCCAAUGGGGAGUAUUAUUUUGUGUAAGUUUAUAUAUGAAUAGAAGUUUGUAGAAAUAAACGUCAGUGAGUUCACUUGCAAUUUUUUUUUAUUUUGCUUGUAAUUUAUGUGACCUUAAAAGAUCGGUUAGAACUUUUUUUUUUUUUUU